AUGAACAUUCUUUAUGGAAUUUAUUUUUUUGUUAUAAAUUUAAUAAAUCUUUCCAAAUCAACUACUCCAAAUGUUCUAAUCUUUCUUGUGGAUGAUUUGGGAUAUGGAGAUCUAGGAUGUUAUGGAAAUUCAACCAUUGAUUCGCCACAUAUUGAUUCAUUGGCACGUGAUGGUGCUAGAUAUACACAAAUGUAUUCAGCAGCACCAAUAUGUACACCAUCUCGUGCUGGAUUUCUCACUGGACGAUAUCCAAUUCGUUUAGGAUUAACAUCGAACGACAACCGAUUUCGUACAUUUAAUUCGCCAGGUCAAUCGGGUGGUUUACCUCAUGAUGAGACAACCAUAGCUCAAGUUGCACAAGAAUUGGGCUAUCGAACUGGUUUAGUUGGAAAAUGGCAUUUAGGCUUGGGACGUGAUGGUGAACAUUUGCCGACCCGACAUGGUUUUCAUACGUUCUUUGGCAUGCCUGUCACCAAUGUACAGACAUGUGGAAAUAAGAAAGUAUAUAAUUUAAUUGGAGGACAUGGCGAAAUUCUAGAUCGUUCAUUUUUUUCCUAUUGGAUUACGUUGACAGGCAAGAUCUGGCUAACAAUAAUUGUUGUUGCACUAGUGACAUGGUUGUUUGGUUCUCGUAAAUUAGCUUUUAUUAUAUUAAUUAUAUGCGCAAUUGGUUUCUUUGGUGGCAUGUGGUAUACACUUAGUUUUACUCUUCUUAGUCGUUCGUCAUGUUUAUUGUAUCGCAAUGAAACAAUUAUUGAACAACCUGUUCAUCUAGAGGAUUUAACUCUACGGAACACGAACGAAGCCACUCGAUUUAUGACGGAAACUGUUCAAAUUCAUAAGAAACCAUUUUUUCUCUAUAUGGCUUAUGUUAAAGUACAUACUGCCCUAUUUACUCUUCCGGAAAAUGUUGGACGUAGUCGUCAUGGCGCCUAUGGUGAUAAUAUUGAGGAACUUGAUUGGAGUGUAGGAAAAAUUCUUCAAACAUUGAAGAUUUUAAAUAUUGAAAAUGAUACUCUAAUUUUCUUUUCUUCUGAUAAUGGACCUUUUCUUGAACGUGGCAUUGAAGCUGGAUUUUGUGGUCGUGCUAUAGCAUCUUCUGGUAAGCUCAGCGAACCAUUACGAGGUGCAAAAGGACAAACAUGGGAGUGUGGUAUUCGUGUUCCUGGUAUAGUUCGUUGGCCAGGACAUGUCGUGUCUGGUCAGACCAUUGAAAGUAUAUCUUCUUUACUCGAUUUCUAUCCUUCAUUGUUGGAACUAUGGAAUGUUGAAUCGAUGCCAGAUCGACCUAUUGAUGGUGUGAGUUUGUGGUCAAAUUUGAAAUUCAUUUCUGACACAAGUCAAGUACGAAAAGAACGCAAAACCCUCUUUCAUUACUGUGGCUCAACGAUAGCAGCUGUACGUCAGGGCAAAUAUAAGGCACAUUAUUGGACACCAAAAUGGGAUGAAGGUAUGCGUGCAUGUCCUAGUGUUACCAUCUGCCCGUGUCUUGGUACAGAACAUUCACCGCCAUUAUUGUUUGAUAUUGAAGCUGAUCCAGCAGAAGAAUCACCAUUAGAUAUUCAAAACUAUGCAGAAGUUUUAUCUAUGAUGAAUAUUGCUAUUCGAAAACAUCAAGCAACACUUGUUUCAGUACCCAAUCAACUAGAAACUUUAGCAUUACCAUGGUUAUUUCCUUGCUGUAAUUCACAAGGUUGGACACGUAUGAUUCGUUUGAUAACUAAUUCUUGUCAAUGCUGA